ACAACCGCAGUCAUAAUGUCUUCUACGACAGACCAACCGCUUGAUUUUGACAACAUACAGGGCGAAAUCUUGCCUGGUUUCCCGAAACCGAGCUUGACAUACGUCUUGUUCCAGAUCACCAACGCGAAAGCCUUUCGUACCGCACUCGCCGACCUAGUCCCUCUCAUCACUUCCACAGCUCAGGUCAUGGGGCACCGCCAGACCAUCGCGCACCACAAAGCGAAAGUAGCGCAGAACAAAUCCGAGCCUGGAAUGUUGGACAUCGUCUGUGUCAACGUCGCUUUCUCGCAGACCGGCUUGACUACUGUACACAUAAAGGACCCCUCGUUCGUCAACGGCCAGCUCAGUGAUGCUAAUGAUCUUGGCGACACAGGGUCAUUUGAGUCUGGCACCUUCGUCCCCUCUGACUGGCUCGAUGCGUUCAGGAACCCCGUUCACGGUGCUAUCAUCAUAUCCGGCCCUACCCCUAUAGUAAUCAGAAACAAGGUCAAUGACGUCGAGAAUAUGUUCGGCGUUCAUAGCGGUCAUAGUAGCCUGAAGGUCGUGUUGGAACUCGUCGGUCAACCGAGACCGAAGCCCCACAAUGGUCAUGAGCACUUUGGUUUCCUCGACGGUAUCUCCCAUCCUGCCGUCGAAGGCUUUGACAUCACGCCCAACCCUGGUCAACAGACUGUUCCUCAGGGUACCAUACUGCUUGGACGACUUGGUGACGAGAUUAUACGCCCGAAGUGGGCCGUUGAUGGUAGCUUCCUCGCUCUUCGUCACCUCUCCCAGCUGGUUCCUGAGUUCGACGAGUUUCUGAUCGACAACCCGAUCAAGGACUCGAAUAUGCCUCCAGACCAGGCCAGUGAAUUGCUGGGUGCUCGGAUGGUCGGUCGUUGGAAGAGCGGUGCACCGAUCGACAUGACUCCUUUCGAAGAUGAGCCCAGCCUUGGGAAAGACCCCACCAGGAACAAUAACUUCCGCUUCGAAGGCGAAGUCGAUUCGCAGGAUCGCUGCCCCUUCGCCGCUCACAUCCGGAAGACGAACCCUCGCGCAGACCUCGAGGAUCAUGGCACUCUCAUCGGAAAGAACCGUAUUAUCAGGCGUGGAAUCCAGUUCGGACCCGAGGUGACGAAGAAGGAGAGAGAGGAGGGGAAGACGAUUGAGGACAGGGGUCUCAUCUUUGCUUGCUACCAGAGCAACAUCGGGAAUGGAUUCAAGUUCAUUCAACAAAGCUGGGCGAACGAACCUGACUUUCCUCACAAGGGAGCAGGACUGGAUCCCAUCAUCGGACAAACCAACAGCGCCGGCGUUCGACACAUGCCGGGUACAGACCCCUUAUCUCAAGGGAAAGACCUCACAAUCCCCAUGCAGUUUGUAGUUUCGAAAGGGGGUGAAUAUUUCUUCGCUCCAUCGAUCUCUACUCUGCGCGAUGUUUUCGCCGUGAAUAUGCAUAUUGAGGCGCAGAAGUAAUGAGCGUACAUCGUGGGUCGUGGCUGAUGUAAGCCGCGAGGAUGUUUCUUUGGUCAAUGACGAUUGC